AUGGCAGCCCGGAAGGUUGACGCAGCCGAGUUUGAGAUCACAACGGAGAAGGCUUAUAAGAUAUCCUCUCCUGAUGAUCUCGUCCGCUUUGGGAAGCAGUUCAAUGAUUUUAUCGGUGCUUGUCCGGAUGCAUUUGCUGGUCUUAGGUGCCUGUGGCUGCGCAACAUGAGGUUUGGUGAACUGGACAUUCCCAACAUCCUCAGCACUUGCAAGCUCUUGGAGUCUCUGCAUUUAACCUAUUGCGACUCAGGGAUCCAUUCUGUACUCCAAGUAGAACAUGCUCUACUUGUUGAGCUCGAGGUUGACUAUGGGCAAUUUGAGAGAAUCGAGCUGAUAUGUCUACCCAAACUCCAACGGAUCUGGGUUCUACCAGAAUGCCCGAAGCUGCUCACGACUAUGCUCAGCAAACUACAGCAUGUGAAUCUAGACAAUCUUCCUGAAGGAUGUGAUUUAGGUUGGACACCAUUUAUUCUUGAAGCUGCACCCUCCCUAAAAGCGCUGUGCAUCACAGUAUGGGAUCAUUGGUGCAUAAUGGCGACAGACAAAGAGUUUCGGAAGGAAAAUGGUUUCUGCGAAAAGGCAGACGUGAAGUGGAAGCCAUAUGCCGCUGCUUUCAAGCACAAGAAUCUGGCUAAGCUUACCAUAUAUGGCUUACAACCUGACGGCAACUUUAUGCGAUACAUCAGGUGUGUUGUGGAAGCUGCAGUGAAUAUGAUAGAGAUAUCUCUGCAUGACAGAAAGAUGUGUGGACGCUGUGGUGACUUGGAUCCCGAGAUCAAAGACAAGGUUUGUCCAUCAAGAUAUCCACGGACCGCUGAGGAGAGGAAGAGGGCAGUUGAGGGGUUGGGUUUGGCUUCGCCGGCUCUGAUUCACUUUCGGUCCUAA